CGUGCGUAUCGUGUAGGAAAGAGAAGAAGGUAGGGCGCUCGCGAACGGCGGCUGGCGAAGGGCGGGCGAGGGCUCCAGUCACUCUUGGAACGCCCGCGAGAUAGCUCGCGCCCGCGCGCCCUUCGCCCGCCCCCGCGACUUGCCGCGAGAUUCAAACUGCCGCGGCGAUGUGAUAGCGCCAACAUGAUGCCCUUCAGAAUAAUGUUCCGAAUGAUCCAAAUUGUACUUUUGGUGCUAAUUAUCAUGUACUUUAACUCCGUCAUGGGCGGACAAGUGAGAGAUAAAGAUAAAGGUGAAAAAGUACCCAUAGGUGUGGUGUUCGACCAAAAUACAGAAGAGAUCCAGAACGCGUUCAAAUUCGCGAUAAUGCAACAUUCAACGCUCAACAAGACUUCGAAGUUGGACUUCCAGCUGUACGUGGACGUCAUUAACACUGCCGAUGCUUUUAAACUCUCCAGGCUUAUCUGCAACCAGUUCGCUCGCGGCGUCAUCGCCUUCCUGGGUGCGGUCACCCCGGACUCCUUCGACACUUUGCAUUCAUACACCAACACCUUCCAGAUGCCUUUUGUCACGCCCUGGUUUCCUGAAAAGGUGAUUCCUCCGUCAUCUGGGCUCAUCGACUACGCCGUGAGCAUGCGUCCCGAUUAUCACCGCGCCGUCAUAGAUACCAUCACACACUACGGCUGGAAACACGUCAUCUACAUCUACGAUUCACACGACGGUUUGCUGCGCCUACAGCAACUGUACCAAAGCCUGCAGCCGGGAAACGCAACGUUCCGCAUAUCGAACGUUAAGAGGGUGAACAACGCGAGCGACGUGGUGGUGUUUCUCGCGGCGCUCGAACGGCUCGACCGCUGGAGCAACAAAUACGUCGUUCUAGACUCCACCACCCAGCUCGCCAAAGAAGCGCUCAUUCAACACGUGCGAGACGUACAACUCGGCCGCCGGAACUAUCAUUACUUUUUAAGCGGAUUAGUGAUGGAUGACCGCUGGGAAAAGGAAGUCGCUGAAUUUGGGGCUAUUAAUAUUACUGGAUUUAGAGUCCUGGAUUUUUCUAGAAAAAUGGUUCGAGAUUUCAUCGAUGAAUGGAAACGGAACUCAAUAUCGGCUCAGGCAGCGCUGACGUACGAUGCAGUGCAAGUGUUGGUGGAUGCCAUCUUGCGGCUCCUCCGCAAAAAGCCUGACAUAUUCAGGAGCCCGAUCCGCCGCAACGCCAAUGUAAAUGCAAGCCGUAUUUUGGACUGCAACCCUAAAGGAGACAAGAUAAUUCCCUACGAACACGGAGACAAAAUAUCUAGAAUGAUCAAAAAGACGGAGAUAGAUGGGUUGACGGGCGUCGUGAGGUUUAAUGAGGAGGGCCACCGCAAGAAUUUCUCCCUGCAAGUCAUGGAGAUGACUGUUGAAGGGGAAAUGAUUAAGAUCGCAACUUGGUACGACAACAAAGGCUUUGUGCCGGUAGUGCCGAAGCUGCCGGGCCCAAGUAUCCCGGGGGUGUACAACAGAAACAAGACCUAUAUAGUGUCGACCAUAGAAGAGCCCCCCUACAUAAUGCGUCAAAACUCGGACUACGCGGAAUUCACGCCUAACGAUCCGUACAAGGGGUUCUGCGUUGACCUCGCCAAAAUGUUAUCGGAUAAGUUGGAAAUCAAGUACGAAAUAAGAGUUGUUAAAGAUGGAAAAUAUGGAAGUGAAAAUCCCAAGAUUAUAGGUGGCUGGGAUGGAAUGAUUGGUGAAAUAUUACGCAAAGAAGUCGAUAUGGCCAUAGCUCCUCUCACCGUCACUGUUGAUAGGGAAACAGUAGUUGAUUUCAGUAAACCAUUUUUGUCUUUCGACAUUAAGCCGAGUCUGAAGAACAUUGCUGAUGAGCCAGGCGCCAUUUUCAGCUUCCUUGAUCCACUCUCUACUGAAGUAUGGCUCUGCUUGAUGUUCAGCGUAUUGGCCGUGACCGUAGUGUUGUUUAUUGUAUCAAGAUUCUCACCAUACGAGUGGCGAGUUGUAUCCUACACGGAUACUCAAUCUUCCGAGCACACUGAAGUUGCAACUACUAAGACUACGGUCGUCAACGAGUUCAGCUUUUGGAAUUCUAUGUGGUUCUCAGUGGGCUCCUUUAUGCAGCAGGGCAGCGACAUUACGCCGAGAUCGGUGUCUGGCAGAAUUGUAGGUACAGUUUGGUGGUUUUUCACGUUUAUUGUAAUAUCUUCGUACACGGCCAGCCUCGCUUCUUAUCUCACGCUACAACGCAUAAACGAGCCCUCUCAGACGUACAGCAAAGUGGCAGCUUGCCCCGAGGAUACUUCUGAAGGAAUAAAGAGCAUCGCCAUACCUCGCAGUCGCCACAAUUGGUUAAGUUUUUUACUCGACCACUCUUCUGCUGGUGGCGAUGCUGACAAACCAUGCGAGAUGUUGGUCACUGUUACUAACUCUGGUGUGAAAGACUUUGCUGUAGCUUUACAAAAGGGGUCAGAAUUACGGGAUGGCAUCAAUUUAGCACUGCAAUCUCUAAAAGACAAUGGUGAGCUUCAAAAACUCAUACGGAAAUGGUUCACUAAAGCGGAGUGUGAUGUCGCUGAACAGAAUGUACACGUGACUGAACUGACGUUGGGUCAAGUAGCCGGUCUAUUCUACGUGCUGGUGGGCGGUCUGGCGCUGGCCCUGGGCGUGGCGCUGCUGGAGUUCUGCCAGCACGGACGCGCGGAGGCAGCGCGCGCCAACGUGCCGCUGCGCGCCGCGCUGUCCGCCAAGGCGCGCCUCGCCUCGCGCGCCGACCACAAGCCCUCGCAUGCCCAUACGCAUGCCUCCAGGCAGAUGCAGCGUGAGCACGAACGACUCGGGUGGAAUGGAGGAGCUUAUGCUGGAUACUACACGCCCGCAAACCAGAUCGGCCAGGAGGAGACGGCGUUGCACGCAAGCUUCACGCAAGUGUGAUCCGCGGCGCGGGAGCCCGGCCCCGCGUGCCGCGCGUCCCACUCCAAGCAGUCCUCCAACGUGGAUCUCUAUCAGCUGUAGGAACACGGACACUGCAGCAAGAUUCACCGCGACCAUGUCGCAAAAGAAAUGCUCAGAGCAAAUUUCCUAUUCAGUGACGCUGAAAUUGUCGUUAUGUACAUUAGUGAAGAACAAAAUGUAUCACGUCGAAUCAACUAGCUUCAGCUUCGAUUGAAUUCGUACGGAACAUUUUUUUCGUAGCCUUUGCACAAUAUCACCCACUCUCAUGCCAUGCCAUAUCUGGUGGCUUCCAGUGCAGGACUAGCAUAAUUUAUGUAUAUCUAAAUGGUAUAACAAUUCAUUAACCAAUACAUAGGUGUAACAGAUGUCGUUAGAUGCGUACUCAAAGUAAUCUUCCCUUACUUCGGAGCUUUGUGAUACUGGUGCUUUUUGUUUGGUCCGAUUUCACAAAACAUUGUUAAAAUUAGCAUAGUAAAGUCGUAACUCAAUCAUGGUAAUAUAAUGCCAAUUGAGAAACUUUCUAGCCCUCUAUACAUUUUAGAUUGUAAUUCCCGUCCCGUUUAUUUCCAAAAAUGCCUGGCGGUUUUAACCGAGUAGAUAAAUAUCAGGGUCUUAAUAAUUACGUGUUUAGUAAGUAACUUUUUCAAUCAGCGAUAUAAUUUUAUAUUCAGUAAUUGUCAAGUUAUAGCAGGUAGUGAGGGGCAGAUAACCGUUAAUGAAGGCGAGUUAUCGCGGUCGGCGGCACGUUGACUCGCUAAUUACGUUCCCGUUUUUACUGAAAACAAUCUGAGAUAAAUUUAAUCUUUAUAGGUAUCCUAUAAAUUCUUAAGUCAUUUACAUUACAAUAAGUUUGUUAUAGUAAAAAGAUCAACAUAUAAGAAAAAUAAUCAAAUUACACAACCAUAAUAGUGGUAAGAAGUCGUAAUAGAUGUUAGCUAUAAUUAUACAAAAAUAAUGGUCUAUCUUCUUUCACGUGCGUCACAUGUUUAAUACAUUCAAUAACGUUAAGUUUACGGAUAAAUUACUUGAACUGUUUAUAAUUUUAUAUAACAAAUAAUUUAAGCAUUUAUUUUUCAGUCUAUGAAAAUUUGAUCUAAGAGACCUCUGGCUAAAUUCACAUAAUUUAAAAAGUGCGCUUUGACGGAAAAAUGGAGAAGCGGUAAGAUGGAAUUCUAAAUUGUAAGAUAGCGGAAUUGCGUUCUUAUUUAUUAAUACACGAGGACGUCUUACUAUACUUAGAUAUUACUUUACAGUGCUAGAGCAGUCCUUGUGUAUUACUAAGUGGCGAUCGUGGAAGUGUGAUAAAUGAUAAUUUUAUCAUUAGGUUAGGUAUUCAACGAAUGUGUUACAUUCACGCAUAAAAAGUAAAUCGUAAAAUGUUUGUACAACAUUAUAUAAAUGUUCAUAAUAAAACAUUGUUUGGAGAAAAAAAAUGAAUUCCCAUAAUUAAAAUAAGUAUUUACUCAGAUUGUACCAUCUGCUGACUGGCCGCUGUAGUGAAUUGAAACAGAAUGCGUAACAAUCAAGUAUAUAGUAAAAUUAUCAUAUCAAUACUUAAAUAUGUUUUAAACAUUAUGAUAUUUAUGAUUGUGGGAGGGUGGUGGGUUCUUCAAUUAAUGUUUUCCUAGCAUUAUAGCUUGUUUCAUAUAUUUAAGCGUCCGUCCUAUGAAACUGCUUACAUAGAACCUGUUAUUGAUUUAAAUUGAUUUAAUUUUAUAAUUUUGAGUUUUUUGUUGACUUAAAAAGCCAUAACAUUACAACAUCCUUGAUAGUUAAGUGUCCAAUGUCGUAUUCAGCCUGUACACAUUAAUUUUACAUUGAUCCGAGACAAACAUUCUUACUAUGUAAGUUGCCUAUAACUAUUGAUAGCGUAUCAAUCAAGUAACAGUGGCAGAGCUGUAUCGCCUUCAUCCAUAGAUUUUCUUGAUUCAAACCAACCCUACCUAUUUCAGGCCGAAACUGCAAAGAAAACUUUGUCUACAGGGUACGAAAAAAAAAAUCAAAUUAUUCCAGUCCGACGUAAAAGUUCGAUGCCCCGGUUAGUAAUAUAAAUUUUGUUCAAAUACAGCUUUACCUAUGUAAACAAAUGAGAUAUAGAUUAUAAAUGCUUAACAACGUUAUUUAAUAUUGUAGUGCUCCUUAAUUUUUUAUUUUAGUGCCGGUGCGUAGUUUUAGUAAACUAUUUACGGUGAUCCAAAAAUAUAAAGUUAUAAUAACAAUUCAUUUUCCACAAGGUUUUUGUUAUGCAAGAUACAUACUUGUAUGAAGUAGCCAUAGAUACCAUUUUUUAUACCAAUUAAGCACCAUUUAGAGGUUUGUAACUAUAAAAUUUUAAUAUUUUAUGUUAUCCUAUAAAAAAGAUGCUGUGGUGGACUGUAAUGAAUAAUAGGGGAAUUUUACCUUUGACAUUGAAUUUAGUAUAAAUUUUUUUUUAUGCUGCCAACGUCUUUGGUACUAAGCCGCAGGGUCCAUUUUUAGAUUUAUUUUAGAUUUAAUUUAGUUUGCUUAUAGUUUUUAUUAUUAAUUAUAAUCAUUGUACUUAAUCAAAUUAAUGGAAAUUUAUUAUCAAUAUUAACAAUAAAAUGAGAAAAUCACAACAAUGAUGUACUACAACCUAUCUAUGUGAACCUAAAGUAACGUAUGCCAUUUUCUUUAUUUGGUCAAUAUUUGAAUUUACAAAUAUAAUAGACAAAAAUAAGCCUUAUGCUGCAGGUUUGCAAAGAGUCUGGAACACCAAUCCUAAAAACUUACUAACACUGAAAUAGCUACACUCUUUUUGCGUGACAUUGGUGUGUUUUAUUAGCAUAACUACUGUUUAAACGUUUCUUUUAUUUUUAAUAUAAAUGGGUCAAUUAUCUGCAGUAUAAAAAUGUAAAACAAAUUAACCCUUUAAUAACUCUAAUAGUUAUAUAGAUGUUUCAAUAGCUCUUUAUACUAUUAAACAAAUCGGUGUAUUUUUAUAUGGGGUUAAUUUGUAAUUAGCUUUGUAUGAAAUUAUUGCAAAUUCUAAAAUCUUAGCAGCCACAAAAUCAUCGGCAAAUGAGUUCAAAUUUGGCACAUAGAUUACUACUGGCGAAAUGUCCCGGCUGAUUUCAUAACAGAAAAAAAAAACCGGCCAAGAGCAUGUCGGGCCAUGCUCAGCGUAGGGUUCCGUAGUUACUCUUCCGUCACAAUAAGCUAAACUGGAGCUUAAAGUAUGGUAGACUGUUAACCAAGGGAUGAACUGUGGGUGUACGUCUUUUUACUAUGAAGGGGAAACUUUUUGCGAUAACUCAAGCUAAACUGAGCUUAAGCUCUACAUCCAAGAUUUUUUUCAUAUUUCUUGGACCUAUGGUUCAAAAGUUAGAGGGGGGGGGGGCACAUUUUUUUAUUCGUUCGGAGCAAUUAUUCGGAAUAUAUUCACUUUAUCAAGAAAUGUUUGUUGAAGACCCCUAUUAGUUUUGAAAGACCAAAAAAAUGUUCACCCCCACUUUACGUGUAGCGGAGGUACCCUAAAAAAUUAAAUUUUUAGAUUUUAUUGUACGACUUUGUCGGCUUUAUUGAUUUAUAUAUCCAUGCCAAAUUUCAGCUUUCUAGCACUAACGACCACGGAGCAAAGCCUCGGACAGACAGACAGACAGACGGACAUGGCGAAACUAUAAGGGUUCCUAGUUGACUACGGAACCCCAAAAAGGGAACCUUGUGGAGGUACAAUUUUAUAUUACCUUCUUAUUUUUAUUUUCUCCAUACAAAGUUGAACCAUAACCUAGUAGGAACUUACUUAAAAAUAUUCUUUGUAACACUGAAACGCCUUUUCUCGUAAAAAUGGCUUAUGUUUAACCGAUCACCAAAAUUAUAUCACCAAAAAUAUAUCUAUAUCUGAUUAUCGAAAUUGUGGAAUUCGCAAUCAUUUUACUUGCUAACCUUUUUAAAGCAAAUAAUUCCAAACUAAUCAUUGCGAUUUGUCAAACAAAAACAAGGCCAUUUGCGAGAUGCACUCGCGCUCUGAAAGUUAAAUGCCAUCAGCACUCAGUUUUAUUCUUAAAAAAGUAUUUCGCAAUUGUGUAUUGAUUAUUUAUUUUGAUAUUUUGCAGUAAAGUUUUAUUUACCAUCACACCCAAAGGUUCCGUAACCGGUUCCAACCCGGGGACAAUCCUAUUACUAAGCUUUCACUGUCCGUCCGUCCGUCCGUCUGUGGAGAAAAAAUGUGUUUCUCUAUUUCCGCUAAUAACAGCCAAAAUAUAAUAAUUAGAUAAGUUAAAUACUCGUAAACGUCAUACGUCGUCGUUAUAACUUAAUAGAAGUUUGACGUAUAAAAUAACACCUGCAUCCUGUAGGCUGUCAAAAUCGCUGCCAACUUAUCUUGGUCUGACUCUAGAUUUAUUUUGUACAUGAACUAAGUAGCCUCUGGCACUGAAAAUGUUAAACUGAACGCCCUUCCAUUGUGAUCUUGAAAUGUUCGAAUUAGUGGGGAGCGCUAAUUUAAAAUUGAUGUUUCGACUUCCAAACACCGUUGACUUGUCCAUAAAUUAUCGUAAUAAUUGAGGUAGGAGGAAAAAAUCAAAUAUCAAAUGAAAUAUUCGGUAAUAACCGCUAUCUACACGUUGGUGCCAGAGCUGGUGGUUGUGAUAUUAAGGAAAUAAUUUUGUCACGAUAAAUAUUUCGUCUAAUCUGUAGUCUAAUAUUAUAAAUCUACUGCAUUCAUUUCAAACAUUCAGGAUGGAUAAACAUUUUUAAUUUCGACACUUUACAUAGUGUACAUGAACUUAAUUUUGAAUAGCUUUAAUAUUAAUUAAAUUUCAAUCCGAGAGUUAAUUACUGUUAGUUCGAGGUUACAAAACUAGUAGAUGAUUAUCCGGACAGACUUGAAGUUUGAUCGUGAGUGGAAUGGCUGACCGUGCUACAUCCGUCCGUCAGUAGAACAUUUGAUUCGAAAUUCAAUUCGAAGGGUUUUUAAUUAAAGUAUAUUGAAAACCGAGUCUGUAACAUUUGUUACUUAUGUUAAGGCACGAGUUCCCACCCAGGUGGUUGAGGAUAUAUUAAUAAUAAACAAAAAAUACGUAAUUUUUUUUGGUAUUUAAGGAUAACACGAUUUAUAAAAGGUAUUUUCUUUUCUUUUUUACAAAGGGGGAUCGGCAUGAAAUAGGUUGGGAACCCUUUUUAAUUUCCUCGCGGCAAUGGUCACGUAAACUCUGUCAAAUAUUAAAUAGUAUACAUGUAUUAAAUUUAUAAACAUAAGUCAUAUGUGUUACCUAAAUGUUAUUCUUCAAAUGACUGAUUUACAUAAUCGUUUCACUAAAGUAAUCAUAAGGUAGAUAUUUCAAUAUAUGUUAUCGUUAACAUAACUGAGUCUAAUUAGCUAUGAUUCGAUUGAUAAUUGUAAGUUAAGAAAUAGAAAUAUGUAGUUAAGGAGGCACCUAUCAGGUGAACAUUUCAUUUUAUUCGAUUGAUCACAUGAUCAUAAUUUGACGUAUAUAUUGUAACCAAGGAUUAAUUAGUGGUGUAUUUAUUUUGUAUUAGUGUUAUGAUAAAUUUAUCUACGAGUAUAUGCCAAGACUAAUAUUAAUGUUUGUUAUAAUAAAAGUAAUUAAAAUUGCGUAAUUCGUCA